UCCACAACCAUUUGAACCAUUUGUACUGAUAUUGUCAUUCGAUGCUAAAAGGCUCUCAAUUUAAAUACUCAAGGUCGUGAGAAGAUAUGUAUAUGAGCGACUGUAUUAUUCAUCGCUAAUCAAAUGUUAGAGGAAAGACUACAUUUGGAGUUGGAAAAUCUAAAAACUGAUGUGAGUUACAAAACAUUAUAAUAUCAGUACUAUGAUUAAUAGCUGACAGUGACUGCUCAGCAACUGAAUGCCAAGACACAAGCAGUUUCAAUUUUGAACGCCUCAUUGGAAAAGUGCAAAAAAGAGAGAAAUGAGUUCAAGAGAAUGGCAGAACAAGUAAUGAAUCGAUACCAGAUGCUUAAAAAAACUCUUAUGGAAUGUGAUAAAGCAGACCAAUAUUCUACCCCUGAUAUAAUGCAUUUAUCGACUAAACAACUUGCUUCUUUGUUAGUUGAAAGCAGAGAAGCUAACAAAAGUUUAGAACAUGAACUAAUGAAUUCUCGCGAAAAAAUUGAAGAACUCGAAGGAGAUAUUAAGGUGUUGAGGAGACAACUUAGCGAUCGUUCAUGUGAAAACCAGCACACAACGGAUCCUAGAAUUUCUGGAAAUGACCGCCAAACCUACGUAACUCAGUUGGAAGAGCUUACUCUUCAGGUUUCUGAACUCAAACGCGAAUUGGGGCAAUGUUUUGAUGAGAAACAAGAAAUUGCAACGGAACGAGAUAUAUAUCGUAAUAAAUGUGAUCGACUGAACAAUGAAUUAAAUUAUAUUUUAAGUGGAGAUGAACGAAAAAUUCAAGAUAUCGAUACCUUAAUAACUGAAAGCAGAAUCUUGAAAGAGCAAAUCCAAUCGUUGGAAAUGGAAAAGUCUUUAGCAUUGAGCACAGUAACUAAAUAUAAAAAACUUUUAGAUCGAAAGUUGUCAAAAAACUCAUCAGUUAGCAGUGAAAGUUGUAUAACACCAGCAACUUCACCUAAACAUCAAGAGAAGACAAUUUGACAUGGAACAACAUUUCACUGAAGAUGCUCUUGAAACAGCUUUCAGAUGGAUAAGUAACCUGCAUUCGUAUUAUGCAUUCAAAUCAUGAUACCUUGAGACAUUGUCAUUCAACAUCGCUGUGAUAUAUAUGCUCGUGUGAUUAUUAUUAUUAUUAUUAUUAUUAUUAUUAUUAUUAUUAUUAUUAUUAU